CCCUGGGGAAGGUAUCUCCUGUCAGCCCUCCCCUCUGGUGCAAGAGUCACCCUGUUGUUUUUCCUGUCUACAUCAGUGGCAUUACAACCCGCAUGACAAGCGCUGCCGACACUGCGUCGAGUUGGAUUUGUGAUUUUUAAAUGUGUAUGGUUAUAUUUGCUCCGAUUUUUGCCAUCUGUGCGUUUGCCACAUGUGGAGGAUACUAUGGGCAUCUCCAGGUUAAAGUGGACUGUGCAGACAGGAGGCAGAGUAACCUCAGCAUCAACAUUGAUUUUGGUUACCCUUUCAGAUUACAACAAGUACAUUUCAAGACUUCCUUGUGUGAGGUAAAAAGGGAAGAGAUCAUCUUCUUGGAUGGUGAUUUUUCUGCAGCUGCUCAGUUUUUUGUGACUAUCGGAGUUUUUGCCUUCCUGUACUCUCUGCUGGCGACCAUCGUGUAUGUCUUCUACCAGAAUACAUACCUGAAAAACAACAGAGGCCCACUGGUGGAUUUUGUUGUUACAGUCAUCUUCUCCUUCAUGUGGCUGGUCAGCAGUUGUUGUUGGGCCAAAAGUCUUUCUGAUAUCAAGUCAGCCACAAACCCAACACAGGUGCUCCUGCUCAUCUCAGCCUGCAGAGCUCAGGAGAACAAAUGCACAGUAACCCAGGAGCCCGUCUGGUCAAAUCUUAAUACGUCUGUGCUUUUUGGUUUUGUUAAUGUCAUCCUCUGGGUUGGAAAUAUUUGGUUUGUCUUCAAAGAGACAGGCUGGUACAAGACAGGUCAGAGAUACCCGACCAGGAGCGCGUCCGGGAAACAUUCCAGUGAAAUGCGACAGCGGCUCUACAGUGAGAGCAGCUUUGAGCAGCCAGACGAAGGUUUUAGUCCACAACCCACUAGACCAGACAGCUUCAAUCAGUCAAAGGGGGUCCACAAACAAGUGAGCUUCAACCAGUCACAAAUAAGCUUUAGCUUACCACAGACAAAUCUUGGUAAACCUGAAAUUUCAGACAGGGAGAAUAGGGUGGCUUCACAAGGGCCGAUGAUAUUUGUCAAUGAGGUGUGAUUUUGACUUGGUGUUUGAUAAUGCUGUACAAGGUGAAUGACAAUGUGAUCUUGUCAUUUCAGUUUAUGAAUACAUAAUUAUUCAUUAACCGCAAACACCAGCAGCAACUAUUUGUCACAUGGUGGCCAUAAUGUAAUAAUGUAAUAUAUUUCUUUCUUUGUUCUUUCCUCUGGCUAAACCAGUGUACAUGUACUUGGAGUUGAGGCCCUCCCUUAAGCCUCUGCUGGUGUUUGAAUUGCAUUUCUGUGUUUUGGACAUUGAUAUUUGGCAAUAAGCUGGUAUUCCUGUGGCUGUGUACAUCUCAGAGGUCACUGUAGAAUCAAAAAAUACACACACACACAAAAUAUUUUUUAUUCAUUAAAGAUGUUAUCACAAGGACAAAAUAACAAAUAUCACUACAAUUGUGAAACAGUUGAGCUACAUGUACUAGAGUAAUAUACAGUAAUGUUAUUUCACAUUUCCUGUAGUAAUAUGCAGAAAGAAUGAAAACUACCCUAACAAAUAACUGUAUCUGGAUAUAAUGUCUAAACACAAUGCAACACAUUAUUAGUGGGUGAUGCAAGGGAGAAAUAAAAAAGGGGAUGUAAUUAUAUCAUUUUAUAAAUUAAUAAAUUGCUUUAAAAUGUUAAAUACAUCAGUGUUGCCUAUUAAUAGCUAAAACCAUUCUGUUCAAAAACAUUCUUGUACCACUACUAAACAUUACCAGAAACAACAGUAGCACAAUGAUUUCAACAAAAAACACAAUCAUAGAAAAAAAAAGCUGGAUAACUAUAAUCUUACAUUUUAAUUUGUAGCUUUACCAGAGACCUUUUUCUUAGCUUUAGAGAAUAUAUUUCAGUAUGUUUUAAUACAAAAUAACUACAAGUGUCUAUUAGUGAAGAAAAACGCCAGGUCCACAAAAAGCAACACAUCAGGUUUUAAAAUACGUGGUAGCCCUGCUGCUAGCGCAUGUCAUUGCUGCAGAAUUAAGCAUUUAUUUUGCAAUUACAAAUAAACAACUGAUAAAGCAUUUAUAAUAUAAGGUAAUAAGUAAGUGGAUAUGUAUUUAUUAUUGUCAAUUGGUUAUCAAAUACAAUAGCAAGAAGAGGCUGUAUAAACAAAUAAUGAAUGACAAUAUACAGUAGUAAAAUAAUAUAUGCUAUGCCAUCACUGGAGGAGCUAUAAAUGAAGACAAUAUACCUUACUAAACAUAUUCUUAUAUCUGCUGAUAAUAAAACAUUACUGUGUUAUUAACCAUUUAUUACCAAAUUAUUCUGUAUAUUCCUUAUAAAUACUAAAUCUGGUCAUUUCACUCAUUAUUUUUUCUUUUUAAAAAAUAUUUUUAAGAAGAUUUCCAUAUGUUGGUUUAUAUUAUGUUUUAAUGGAAAAAGGUGCAAUAUGUGCUGCAGUUCUUGCUAUAAAUAUUUAU